UUUUUCGCCAGCAGUCGAGUUUAUUGUUUUUAGUUUCAGUUGUAAAUAAUAAUUAAUUAUUCGAGUGUAUCUUUCAUAAAAAACGUUGUUUGUGAUUUUUGUAUUUCUAAUAAAUAUUUUCUUCGAAAGUAUAUAAGACAUUUGUCUUGUACGUCUUCUUAUCUUCAAAUAUUUCGUCAUUCCUAUUUCCGUAACGCACAAAGCAUAACUGAUAAACAUACAAGGGCACUAAUACACAGAUAAAGCAUGGCAUCACAAUCGAACAAUAAUAUAUUAAGCAGUGAAGUCGAAGAGUCUUCCUUACCAUUACCCCUAGAACUAAAACAUUGUUUUGAUAAUUUAAUUGUUAUUGAUGCUGGUGCAAACCUUACAAAUAAAAAAUAUAGCAGAGACUUGGAAUCGGUCAUACAAAGAGCAAAAGAUGCAGGUGUUCAAAAAAUUAUGGUUCCCGGUACUUCUGUUAAAUCAAGUAAGGAAGCCUUACGCUUAUCACGUUUAUAUCCCGAUAUAAUAUACUCGACUGCUGGCAUACAUCCUCACGACUCAAAAUCAAUAAUAGAAGAACCAACAAGUUGGUUUGAAUUUACACAUAUAGCAGAAUCCCAAGAGUGUGUGGCAAUCGGCCCGUGUGGCCUUGACUAUCAACGGGACUUUUCAGAACCAGAAGUUCAAAAAGAAAUCUUCGAAAAACAAAUUAAUCUAGCUUGUAGUUUGGGGAAAGCUCUUCUUAUACAUGAACGAUCAGCACAGAAAGACGUUCUCGAUAUACUUGAUAAAUUCGAACACUUACCGCCUGCCAUCAUUAUCAGAGGGUUCAUGGGUACAUGUGAUGAGGCAAUACAAUAUUUAAAUAGAAGGUUUUACAUAAGUCUCACUGGUUAUUUAUGCAAGGACAAAUCAGAUACAGGAGUCCGUAAACUGCUGGAGGAUGGUACAAUACCAUUAGAUAGAUUGCUGGUCGAAACUGAUUCACCAUUUAUGUAUCCAAAUACGAGAGCUUCUAAGCUUCCUCAAAACGUCAAGACUGCCAUAACGGAACGUUCAUUACUGUAUUUACAUAGGUAUUGCACUUUUCAACGUAAUGAACCUUGCAGCUUACCAGCCAUUGUGGAGAUGAUAGCUGCAUUUAUGAAUAAAACACCCGAUGAAGUAGCAUUGGCUACUGCAUUCAAUGCUCUUAAACUAUUUGGGCUUUCCUAGAUACUAUACUGGAAAAAGUGGGUUGGGCUUUCAAUGUGCAAAAAUGCGCAUUUUCCAACGAUUUGAAAUAAAGUGGUACUAGUGGCUCUAAUUAAUUUGUUUUGAAACCGUAGUGCCAAAUUGAUUUGUCACCUAUAAAAAAGUACUGCUGCAACUUUAUAUACUAUAAUCGACAAACACAAGACUUUAUAAGUGCCUUAUUAUUUUUAAAUCGGGCAUUCUUGCCUGAAUUUAUUACUAACAACGACAAAUACUACGAUAUAAAAGCAUGCGAUUUAUAUACUCAUAAUAAUGUACGUACAUUGUUCGAAUGUUGGUGUACCAAAGUAUUUGGAAUACCUACUAGGCUAAGACUUAAAAUACGUGUUAUAAGCGACGCAAUUGAUUCCUUAAAAUACUAUAAACACAUAGGGUUUAAUUGAUUUGUGUUUUUACUACUGUUGCUUUUGUUAUAUUAAAUAAUUUAUUUAUAUAUGUUUGAAUCAAUGCGUCGUACUAUUUUUUUAAGCUUUAUAAGCGUCCAUGAUUUUAAUUAGCAAAGAAUACAAUGCUGCAGAUUGUUGUCUUAAUUAAGAUAUAAAAAU